AUGGUGCUCUGCUGUCUCCCCAGGAGCUACCUGAUCAAGGUGGUGUUGAGUGAGCAUGACCUCUACCAGCGGGAGGGGCAGGAGGUGGUGGCCAACGUCUCGCGCUCCAUCAUCUACUAUCGCUAUAACUACCGCACAUUCGAUAACGACAUCAUGCUGCUGAAGCUUGAGCGUCCGGUGCAGUUGAGCGCUAACAUAGCGUUGGCCCCGCUGCCCUCGGAUGACUCCGACCCCCUGGCGCACGGCGCGGCCUGCACGGUGAGUGGGUGGGGCGUGACGCGCGUGUACAGCUACUACCUGUCGCCCGUGCUGCGCGCCGUGGACGUCAACGUCAUCGCAAAGUGCCAAUACUACUACUACUGGAGGAUCACCGACAACAUGGUGUGCGCAGGCUCCUACUACGGGGGCAAGGACUCCUGUCAGGGUGAUUCGGGCGGGCCGCUGAUAUGUGACGGCCGGUUCGAGGGCAUCGUGUCGUGGGGCAUCAGCUGUGCCAACCCCUACUUCCCCGGCGUCUACACUAAAGUCCGCAACUACGUACGCUGGAUCAACUGGAUCAUCGCCAACAGCAACUAGAAUACAGACAUCGAGUACAGACAUCA